CCGGCCAUCGAUCAAACCACAUCUGCCCAUAUAUAGGAGAGGACCAGUACGUUGGCUGCUAGAAAGUAGUAGGAGUACGUGCACAAUUGGCCCCUAGCCUGCAAGUAUGGUUGGGGUUUCCAGGAAUGCAGUUGCACUUGCCACACUCGUCUCCUUGCUUCUCACGUAUGGCUGUUGCGCCCAGCAGCGGCACCUCAACUACACCUCCAAGCUGGCCAAGGCCUCCAGCUCCCCAUGGCUCCCGGCCAAGGCCACCUGGUACGGCGCCCCCACCGGCGCCGGCCCCGACGACAACGGUGGUGCUUGCGGCUACAAGCAUGUGAACCAGUACCCGUUCAUGUCCAUGGGAUCCUGCGGCAACGAGCCCCUCUUCAAGGACGGCAUGGGGUGCGGCGCCUGCUACCGGAUACGAUGCGUUGGCGACCGUUCCUGCUCCGGCAAGCCGGAGACGGUGAUGAUCACGGACAUGAACUACUACCCGGUGGCCAAGUACCACUUCGAUCUCAGCGGCACGGCGUUCGGCGCCAUGGCCAAGCCCGGCCUCAACGACAAGCUCCGCCACUCCGGCAUCAUCGACAUCCAGUUCAGGCGGGUGCGGUGCCAGCACCAGGGCCUCAACGUCGGCUUCCACGUGCAGCAUGGCUCCAACCCCAACUACCUCGCCGUGCUUGUCCAGUACGCGAACCAGGAAGGCACCGUGGUGCGAAUGGACCUAAUGCAGUCCACCAGGAACGGCAGCCCGACGGGAACCUGGGAGCCGAUGACCCACUCCUGGGGCGCCAUCUUCAGGAGGGACACCAGCCGCCCGCUGCAGGGGCCAUUCUCGCUCCGCAUCCGCAGCGAGUCCGGAAAGACGCUGGUGGCCAAGCAGGUCAUCCCGGCCAACUGGAAGCCCGACACCGCAUACCGCUCCAACGUCCAGUUCCGCUGACCGCUACCUCGAUCUGGCACCCGAUGAACCUCCGGUGUUAAACAUGUGAAUGCGAAGUGGUACAAUAUUGGUUGUGGGAUUUCAAUUACUACUAUAGGUACAUGUUGUACGUGUUAGUCGUCUUGUGUGUCCAUGUGUGGGAAACGGGAGGCUAGCCGCCAUGUGCUACCCCGCCCACUAUCAUGAUUCGAAAUCUGAUCCAUUGUGAUCCCGAAUCAGGUUUAUUCGUAAUAUUAUACCGUACCAAGUGUGGAUUAUGUCAGGAAA